AUGGAAAAUCGGAAGCGUGCGAGGGAAGACUUAUCAUGUACUAACGCUUUUACUACUCCAAAAAAGCAAAUCACCGAAGAGACACAGCGAGACCGUGACUUUAAGCACUGGGGCGUUGAGGAAACAUGCAGUUACCUUCGGCAAGAGGGACUCGGCGUUUGGGAAAGUAAAUUCGAAGAAGAGAGAAUCACUGGGGUGGGCUUGCGCUACAUCACUGAUGAACGACUGGAGAAAAUGGGUGUAGGCCCUCUGGGUGAGAGACUAAAGAUCCUCCACUCUCUGGAGAAGCUGUGGCAAAUAUCGGCAGAGCACAUGAAGGUUUUCAACGACCCCAUCCACGGACACAUUGAAAUACACCCUCUUCUAGUCCGGAUCAUAGACACACCCCAGUUCCAGAGGCUCCGACAUAUCAAACAGCUAGGAGGGACUUACCUGGUUUUCCCUGGGGCAUCUCACAACCGGUUUGAACACUGUAUUGGUGUUGGGUACCUCGCGGGUCAGCUGGUCCAGACCCUGAACAAGAAACAACCAGAACUGCUCAUAACACGACAGGAUAUCCUGUGUGUUCAGAUUGCUGGUCUAUGUCAUGACUUAGGACAUGGUCCAUUCUCUCAUAUGUAUGAUGGCAUGUUUAUCCCUAAAGUUCGUCCUGACGUUGUGUGGAAGCAUGAGAAGGCUUCAGUGCAGAUGUUUGACCACAUGGUCAAGGAGAACAAACUGGAGCCUGUAAUGGAGAAGUAUGGUUUGAUCUUGCCUGAUGAUCUUGACUUCAUUAAGGAGCAGAUUGCCGGACCCCUUCAUCCCCCUGUCUCAACCAGUAAAGGACAAGCCCCAUGGCCUUACAAAGGGAGGCCGAAGGAGAAGUCCUUCCUCUACGAGAUUGUGGCAAAUAAAAGAAAUGGUAUUGAUGUGGAUAAAUGGGACUAUUUUGCCAGGGAUUGCUAUCACCUGGGAAUCCAUAAUAACUUUGACCAUCGCCGCUUCCUGAAAUUCGCCCGUGUGUGUGACGUAGACGGGAAGAAAUAUAUCUGCACCAGAGACAAGGAAGUGGGUAAUCUCUAUGAUAUGUUCCACACUCGAAACUGCCUGCAUCGCAGAGCCUACCAGCAUAAAGUGGGUAACAUCAUCGAGACCAUGAUAACAGAGGCUUUCGUGAAGGCUGAUCCCCACAUUCAGAUCCAGGGCUCUGGGGGAAAGAUGUUCACCCUCUCCUCAGCCAUAGAUGACAUGGAGGCCUACACCAAACUCACAGAUCACGUAUUUGAACAGAUCCUUUAUUCCCCCUCUCUGGAACUGAAGGAGGCAAGAGACAUCCUCCAGAACAUCAUCUGCAGACGGCUCUACAAAUGCGUUGGGCAGACCCAACCAGAGACGUAUGUGGAAGUCUCACAGGAAGAGCUUUUAGUCUGGGCCAGUGAUGUAGCCAAUUCUAAACCCGAUGGAACAGAUGUGAUCCUGAUACCUGACGACUUUAUUGUCAGUGUCAUUUAUAUGGACUAUGGUAUGAAGGAGAAGAACCCCAUCAACAAAGUUCACUUCUACUGCAAGAACAACCCCACCAAAGCCAUCAAGAUCCGUAAAAAUCAGGUCUCCAAGCUCCUGCCAGAGAAGUUUGCUGAACAGUUGAUCAGGGUGUAUUGUAAGAGGACAGAUGAGAAGAGCAUUGAGGCAGCCAAGAAGUACUUUGUGAAUUGGUGUAUCCGUAAAAACUUCUCCAAGCCUCAGGAUGGAGAUGUCAUCGCACCAGAACUCACUCCACUGAAGCCAAGCUGGGCAGCCAGCAAUGAUGAGGAAGAUGAUGGCAGUGAGCGUCCGAGGGGUACAGACCGCUCCACCACGAGGAUUGGGAACAAUGUGAAGACCAAUCUCUUUCCUUCUCACACAGAGAAUCACACACCCUGA